AUGAGUGCUACACAGGUUAAGAAAGAUGCCGACAAGGGCGAAACCAUUCAGCUGGAAGACGCCGUCGGUUUCGAAGAUCCAGUCAAACCCAAUGAUCCCGUCGUCCGUGAUCACAGUGACAUCUACUAUGAGGCUAUGGAGAGAUACCCUGAUGACUCUCAUAUAAACCCAGACGAUGAGAAGAGAUUGAAACGAAAACUUGAUAGGAGGAUCAUUCCUCUUUUGGGUAUCUGCUACUUCUUCUACUAUGUCGACAAAACAACACUUUCAUACGCUGCUAUUUUCGGUAUCAAAAAGGAUUUGAAUCUAGGCAAACAGGAUUAUUCAUGGCUCAGUUCAAUCUUCUAUUUCGGUUGGCUUGCUUGGGCGAUUCCAUCAAAUCUGAUCAUGCAACGUUUUCCUCCUGCCUACUACCUUGGUGCCAACAUAUUCUUCUGGGGUGUCUUUUUGAUGGCUCAAGCUGCUGCUAAGAACUUCGCCGCUAUUGCUGCUUUGCGGGUCAUUUCUGGUGCAGCCGAAGCAAUUGCUGAUCCCGCUUUCAUGUUAAUCACAUCGAUGUAUUAUACUCGAGCUGAACAACCUUCUCGAAUUUCUUGUUGGUACGCUUUCAAUGGUAUAGGAGUUGCUGGAGGUGGAUUGAUCGGCUACGGAAUCGGUAACAUCAAGGGGGCACUUGCGUCUUGGAGAUAUGAGUUUUUAGUGGUUGGGGCGGCAUGCUCAGCUUGGGCAAUAUGCCUGCUGCUUUUCUUACCAAACUCUCCUGCAAGUUUCAGAGGUUUCACUCAUGACGAGAGAUUGCUUAUGAUUGCUCGAAUGCGAAAGAACCAAACUGGUAUCGAGAGUAGAAAGAUCAAAUGGGGUCAAGUCAGAGAAGCGUUCGCAGAUUACAAAACGUACAUGUUCUGCUUUCUUGGGUUAAUCGGUAACAUCCCCAACGGCGGUAUCAGUAAUUUCUCUACUCUUGUUAUUCAAGGUUUAGGAUUCGAUACGCUUCAUACCGCCUUAUUGGGUAUCCCCCAAGGAGCGUUCGUUGUUGUCUGGAUUGGUGCCGGUGCGUUAAUCAACGAUAGACUUCCCAAGAACAGCAGGACCUUUGUUUGUGCACUUUUCAUGUUGCCUACCAUCGGUGGUGCUUUGGGGUUCCUCUUAGCUCCCAAGGAUGCCUACAUAGGGAGAUUAAUCUGUUUCUAUCUCACCGGAUCUUACCAGUGUUCAUUCGUACUUUCACUAUCGUUGAUUACUUCUAAUUCAGGAGGUCAAUCAAAGAAGAUGAUUGUAUCAGCUAUGAUCUGGUUUGGUGCCUGUGUAGGUAAUAUCGUGGGACCAUUCUUCUUCAAGACAGAGCAAGCCCCCAAGUACUCUUUGGGUAUUGGCGCCAUCCUUGUCUGCAACAUCUUGGAAUUCCUCUUGUUCUUCGCUUUCAGAUUCGCCUUCAUGUAUGAGAAUAGAAAGAAAAAGAUCGCCCUGGAGAAUUCACAAGAGAUUUACGACGCAAACGCAACCGCCUUCGCAGACUUGACAGACAAAGAAAAUCCCCAUUUCGAAUAUGUCUAUUAG